CUGUAUACACCAGCUGAAAUUAGCCUUCCUUUGUAAAUCCUGUCUAAUUCUGAUUCUGGAGGGUGAGUUUGAGAGAGAAAAAGGGAUCUGCUUUCAGCUUCUCUAACUUUCUCUUUGUAGGAGUUUGGGGUUUUCAGUUUGAGCUCCAAGAUGCACAAAUUGGGGAGAGGGCACCGGGAUAAAAUUCAGCAGUUCGUAACAGUAACUGGAGCGAGUGAAAAAGUUGCUCUUCAAGCCUUGAAGGCCAGUGAUUGGCAUCUUGAUGGAGCUCUUGAUGUCUACUACAGCCAGCCCCAGAUUAGAACUUUUACUGAUACCAGACACCUGGAGGAGCUUUAUAAGAGAUAUAAAGAUCCAUACUCUGAUAUGAUUCUAGCCGAUGGUAUCACACUCCUGUGCAAUGACCUUCAGGUGGAUCCUCAAGACAUAGUUAUGGUAUGUAUUAAGUUUAAAUAUAAGGCUUUGCAAUAAAACUCAUUCAUACUUAAAAGAAAUUGCUUUAUUUAUUAUUUAUUUAUUUUUUAUUGAUUUGUUUUUCUAUUGAAGCUCUGAUUUUGGUGUUGAUGUUCCACAAGCUUAUAUGUUUCUUGCAUGUUUCUGAAUAGCUAUAUGAAAUAUACUCUUAUUGAUCUUUGGUGAGAUCACUCUUUUGGAAAUUCAUAAGAUUGCCACACAAGUCUCUGCCUAAGGUUAUUUCUCUUAUUCUGUUCUCUGUUAUUAUGCCACUUGAACCAGGCUCGGCAUAACAAGGCAAUCUCAAGGGACACAUGGUCACAACUUUUGGAGUUUGCAAGGACAAUUGAUCCUGCUCUUUCUAAUUAUGAUGCUGAAGGUGCGUGGCCCUAUCUAAUUGAUGAAUUUGUCGAGUACUUGUACGAGAAUGGCAUCAUUCCAAAGGCUGAUUACAGCCAAAAUCAAUGAUGCGCUGCUUGAAGUUCAUAUUUCAUGUGGGGUUCUAUGCUAUUUUUCUGUAGUAUGAUUUGCAAUGUACCCUGUGAAGUAACUUUCUGGUCUUAUAAACCAAGACAUGAAAUUGCUUCUUAGUUUGAAAGGUUUCUGCUGACAAUUGAUGCACAAUUCAUUUGAGUCAAUGGGAUUGGUGACAUUGGAUAUGAACUUUCUUUUAAAUUGAAGUGUGUGAGUUUGUAGUCUGGGUUCCAGUUCUUUUG